GUCCCUAUUAUUAUAUACAUUUACACGUCCUCCUCACUCUGUAGGUAUUCGAGUCAUCGACACACGGAAUUGAAGCCAGUUGGGCAGUCGAUGAAUUUUUGCGCGAUAGUGCAUUUUGAUUUGCACUCGCGCUUUUAUCGUUUCAAAGUUCAGUAAGCAGCCGAGUUAAAAUAAAAGGGAAACUCAUUUCUCAUUGUAUCAUGACAGAGAUCAUGAAAUGAAAACAACAGCUGCAACAAUAACAAUAAGCACCAAAGAAAAAGAGGAAGAAGAAGCUGUUGUGCGAUGAGCUUUGAUGUGGGGCUAAACGAGGCUCCUCAUCAUCACCAAAAGAACACGUUAUUAUUUUUGGGCCGUUGAAAUUUCAUUUACUUGAUAUAUUUAUUAAUUUUUGUUUUUUGUAUAUAUUAUCAACGCCUUGUUGAUAUGCCUCAUCGAUUCUUGCGUCUUUCUCGGGAAUAAAGUUUCUAAUAUCGAUAUCAUAGCAAGGGAAUAAGAUGCUCGUCAUUAUGAAUGAAAGCUUCAGCAAGGAAAAUAAACGCCUGACCAAGUGGUUUGUACAUUUUGUUUGAAAAGAAAAAAAAAAAAGAAGCAAGAUAAGAAAAUGUAAUCUCAGCAGUGCCAGUCUUAUAGGGGCAAGAUAAGUUUAGUGUGGAAUUCUUUAGAACCUUUUAUUGGGAAUGUUGUUGGUGGAAUACCUUAGAGCUGAAGGCACAGAUGAGAUUCAACUCUGAGCGCUAUGAUGCUUUGGAAUGUCAUUUUGGUGUUUAUUUGUUUCCACUUGGCUACUGGAAUAUCCAUGAACCAACCAAGUGGCUAUUGCGCGCCUUACAACGGUAAAAUUUGUAAAAAAUAUCUUACUGGCAUUGGGACGGUUUGGUUCAAUGAUUCGAUUGAUAACCCUAGUGGCUGGCUUAAUGAAAAAAUCACGUCCGAUCUCUGGGACGAUCUGAUACAAAAAUUAACUGAACCAUGUCGCUCAGCUGCAGAGAAAAUGUUAUGCUUUUAUGCAUUUCCACAAUGCCAAGGAGGGAUUGGCCUACCUCUUUGUUACGAAGACUGCAUGGCUGUUAAACUUCAGUUGUGUUUCAAUGACUGGGCUUUGAUCGAAGAUGACAAGCUCAGGAAAAUUUACAGAAGGUCGCGUGGACACUUCAGACUGCCAGAGUGUGAAAAGUUACCAAAGAUUUCCAAGGAAAAAAAUUCGUGCUCUCAUGUCUCACUGACUGUUAUGAAAGAGGAUCAAAUAACAUAUGACUGUUAUAAGGAUAAAGGACAAUUUUACAUGGGUAAAGUGAAUAGAACAAAAAGUGGUAUAGCUUGUCAAUAUUGGAAGGAUCAAAAACCGCAUAGUCAUGAUGGACCACCCGAUGUAUUUCCACAAAUUCGUAUGGGAGAAAACUACUGCAGAAACGCUGGUGGUGAUGAAAAAAUGCCGUGGUGUUUUACGGUUAACCCUGACACGAGGUGGGAGCAUUGCGACAUUCCUUUAUGCGCAAAUUCAACAGAUAUAAAUAUUAAGGGAGCACCUCAAAGUGAGUUCAAUUGGUAUGACAGUUUAUCAAGACCAACUAUUUUGCUUGUCAUAUCAACUUUAUUAUUUAUCGUCGUGCUUAUUGCUUUACUGAUUUUACUGAUAAGGCAAAGAUUUUACAAACGACAUCAAGGAUACAAUCAGACCGAGUGCCAGGAAGUUAAUAUCGACUUGAAUAAACUGCCGAGCAAUGAUGCUUACCACAAAACCGGCAUCCGACUGAAUCCAAAAUUGGAAAAACUCGAGUUUCCUCGAAACAACAUAAUUUACGUGCGAGAUUUGGGGCAAGGCGCCUUUGGCCGAGUAUUCCAAGCUAAAGCACCUGGUCUUGUGCCCAACGAGGAAUUUACGAAUGUCGCCGUCAAAAUGCUCAAAGAGGAGGCCUCCGACGAUCUGCUGGUCGACUUUGAGCGUGAAGCCUGUUUGCUAGCCGAGUUCGAUCACCCGAACAUUGUCAAGCUACUGGGUGUAUGUGCCAUGGGCCGGCCCAUGUGUCUACUGUUCGAGUACAUGGGUAGGGGUGACCUGAACGAAUACCUCCGCAUGUGCUCGCCCUACGGUAACUACGUGCGCAACAUCGUGGAGGACACCUACUCGGAUUCGCGAUUGUCGCACAUGGAACUCAUUAAAAUAGCCAUGCAGAUUGCCUCGGGUAUGGUGUACCUGUCCGACCGGAAGUUCGUGCAUCGAGACUUGGCGACAAGAAACUGCCUCAUCAAUGACGAAAUGGUUGUGAAGAUCGCUGACUUUGGCUUGUCGCAAAAGAUUUACUUGCAGGACUACUACAAGGGUGACGAGCAGGAUGCGAUACCAGUGAGAUGGAUGCCUCUGGAAAGUAUACUUUAUAACAAGUACACCGUCGAGUCGGACGUCUGGGCUUUCGCAGUCUGUCUCUGGGAGUUAUUUAGCUUCGCUCUGCAGCCAUAUUAUGGUAUGACUCACGAGGAAGUAGUAAAGUACAUCAAAGAGGGCAACGUGCUCCAGCGUCCAGAUAAUACGCCGCUCACGGUCUACGAGCUGAUGAAGCAGUGCUGGAAUAAGAAACCAUCGGACAGGCCGUCGUUCAAGUUCAUCUAUGAAACUCUCAAUAGCAUAAAAUGUGAAUUGAAGGCUGAAAACAAAUCCAACAGCGUUCCUCUGCAUAUACAUUUGUAAAUUUAACUCUAAUUGUAUUUUUUACAUUAUUUAUAUACAAAUUGCUUUUUGAGCUUUACAUUUGGGAUGCUGUUGUAACGACUGAAUUCACAGCUCAGAUCGCGAAAAUAAUAAACUCGCGUGAAAAUUUUGAGCUCAAAAAUUUAGACAGCAUCAACUGGUUUUAACACAAGGUCGCUAUUUUCGACUUAUUUUUGUUUUGUAAAAAAAAAAAAACAAAAAAAAAAUGAAAAAAAAACUGUGCUUGCUGU